AUGUUUGGAGGAACGUUGUGUAGUUAUGUGUUUCUCCUGGUUAUAUAUCUGACACUAGAAACAGAAAGUGCAAGAAUAUUAGCAUUUUUUCCUACGCCGUCAAUUAGUCACCAGAUUGUGUUCCGACCUUUAACACACGAACUAGCCAGGAGAGGCCAUGAAGUCACCGUCGUUACAACAGAUCCAUACUUUCCAAAGGGCAAAUCUCCUCCAAACCUCACCGAAAUAGACGUGCAUGACAUUUCGUAUAGCAAUUGGGCUGAAGUUUUAACAAACCACAAUAUGGGUGAGAAAAAUAGUAUAAUGAAGCAAAUUGAGUUCUUCUUCAAGCGCUUUGCAACAACCUUGGAUUUGCAACUGCAGACGGCAGAAGUUCAAGAAAUAUUGAAAAAGGACAGAAAAUAUUAUGAUCUGCUCAUCUUGGAAGCUUGUAUCAGACCAUUGAUGGGUAUAGCUCAUGUAUUCGAUGCGCCCAUAAUACUAUUUAGCUCUUUUGGAGCUGUUGCUAAGCAGUAUUCUGGAUUCGGUUCGCCGAUGCACCCACUCCUAUUUCCAACUCCUGGACGACAACGGUUAUAUAAUCUUUCUUUUUGGGAGAAAGGUUUUGAGCUGUUCAAGCACGUGAUGUUGGAGUAUUUGAUAAGUACAACGGAACCUUUUGAUCAUGAAAUAAUGCAAAAACAUUUUGGAAAAGAUGUUCCACGUAUAGGAACUUACAAGGAUAAAAUGAAGAUGAUGUUUAUCAAUGAACAUCCGAUUUGGAAUGACAAUAGACCAGUGGGUCCUAACAUACUUUUUGUUGGUGGAAUACAUCAGUCUACUGUGAAGGAGCUACCAGAUGAUCUGAAGAAAUAUCUCGAUUCGUCUAAGCAUGGUGUCAUUUUCAUGAGUUUUGGAACUAAUGUCUUAGCAUCUGCAUUACCGAGAGAUAAAAUUACCGCAAUAACAAAAGUGUUUUCACAAUUACCAUACGAUGUUAUAUUGAAAUGGGACUUGGAUGAACUGCCUGGGAAGCCGGAUAAUGUAAGACUUACAAAAUGGAUUCCACAACCAGAUAUGCUUAAACAUCCAAACAUUAAGCUGUUCAUAACACAAGGUGGUCUGCAAUCUACUGACGAAGCCAUAGACGCAGCGGUACCGCUUAUAGGCAUACCAAUGCUGGGCGAUCAGUGGUACAAUGUGGAGAAAUACGUCAAGCAUAAUAUCGGACUACAACUGGAUAUUCACACUCUGACUGAAGACAAAUUCAAACAGGCUAUAGAAACCGUUAUUAAAGAUCCAAGCUACAAACAAAAUAUUACAAAGCUUCGAAGUCUUAUGAGGUCUGUUCCUAUCAAGCCUUUGGAUCAAGCUGUCUUCUGGGUGGAACAUAUUCUGGAACAUGGAGGUGAUCAUCUCCAGCCACCAUCCAUAGGUGUCAGUUUCACCGAAUAUUACGAAGUGAAACUAGUAUUAGUCCUUUUAGGUAUUUUAGUAUCAAUUUUGUUAGCAUUAGCUUUUAUUAUUAGAGCUAUUGUAAAUAAAAUAUACAAAAAAUUUACAAUAAGUGUUAAGAUUAAGCAUAAUUAG